AUGCCAGGACCGCAGCUUGAGAGGGGCCAGAGUGUGGAACAAGAGUUGCGAUGUUUUCGGGCUUUGAGAUUCUCCUCCACCCUCGUCUGUCCCGUCCUGGAAACGGAGCAGCCCCGUUACAGUCUCUUUUCUUCAGAGUUGUUGCGGAGUCCGCGCCGGGCCUUCAGUGACCUUUCGGCUCGCAGCCCGAGCCCGGAGACAGAAGACAGGAGCUUCGGAGCUUCUUCGGAGCUCCGAAGGCCCGAAAGCCGCCUUCGAGCCAUGACGACGGCGCACCGGCCGACAUGGAAUGCGGCGAUUGCCAGCAACAGCAACCCAGGUGGCAACAUGAUGGUUGCGCAGACAACGAAAAUCAACAACAGAGAUGCGGCGACCUUCAAGAAGAUGAAAUUCCGGCAGGCUGGCCAGGGUCUUCUCGAAGAUCGUGGUUCCAGGGCAGAUCUCACAGAGGACCUGGAGAGAAGAGAGAAGGCAGCCAAGGAUGAGCGAGAAGGGAGAAUCAAGGAGAGGAAACGGCCAUCCCUAGAGGACAAUCCCUUCCCUGAGGACGCUGACGAGGAACUCCCUAGUGAGGACGAGAAGGAAAAAGAGGCAGAGAACGAAGAUGACGAUGAUGACGACGACGAUGAUGAUGCAGAGGAACUGAUGAGGGAGUUGGCCAAGAUCAAGAAGGAGAGGGAGGAAGAGGAGGAGGCCAAGAAGGCACUUCAAGCCAAGCAGGACAAGCGGGCGCAGAGAGAUGAGGUCAUGAAGGGGAACCCUCUUCUUGCAGAAGGCUCCGACGUAUCGCUGAAGAGGCGCUGGGAUGACGACACCGUCUUCAAGAACCAGGCGCGCACCGCGCCGAAAGUCAAGCAACGAUACAUCAACGACGCCGUCCGCAGUGACUUCCACAAAAAGUUCUUGAGCAAGUACGUUUGGGUGGAUGGUGUGGCACACUGA